ACCAUCUCUGCGGCGAUCAUGCAAGAAUCCAUCUCUUCUCCACCAAUCGUGAGUCUGCCUGUGGAGAUGGAGCUGACAAUAUUCGAGCUUGCGGCGCUGUUCCUGCCGAAGGAUAUCCCCAAACUAGUCUUGGUAGCAAAGCGGGUCCGAGAGUGGGUCGAGCCUCUCCUGUACCGCACACUGGUUUUUACUUCUGAGGACUGCCCGGCAUUGGCUGAGCUGCCGAGCUGCGACUGGGACGAGUUCACAGAGAUGGUCGCGACAAAGGGGCGCGACUUCCUCGGGCGGGCGGUGCGGAAUGUGCUAGCGCCGCGCUUUACGGAUGCGGAUGUGCGCGCCGUUGUGGAUGCGUGUUCCGGGCUGGAGAACUUGUACCUCAUCUGGGGAAGCUUCUGGCAACACUGCCUUGUCCGCACCCAUGCCCCUAAUGAGAGUCACGCAUCGCUACCGUCACCACGGCCUGUCCUCAAACUCCGCCGGCUGUACGGCCAGCUGGAGUACCUCGUGGACGUCGACCGCACGGACUUUGCUACCACGCCGUUGUUUGCACAUGUGACCCACCUCGAGCUCUUCAGUGAUCCAUUCGAGUCCGAUACCUUGGACGACGCUGUCCGCGGAUACGAACGUGUUCUCGCCAUGCCCGCGCUGACUCAUCUCGCCAUCGGCAGCAAUGGCGACGACUUCAGGGCAGGCGUCUACGAGGAGCUACUUGGCGGCAGCGCGUCGACCCAGCUGUGUCUGUUCGUUGUACUCCUCGACGGCGUCGCGCUGAUCGAGUCCAUAACUCCGCCACGUGCCCUCACGAGGGACCCCCGCUUUGUGGUUAACCGUCCAACGGAUGUGCGCAAGUCCGCGGCGGAUUGGCAGUAUGGCUGUUUACGAGCCGAGGACUACUGGGCACGGGCGGAGCGUUUUGUUGCGCAGCGACGAGCGGGAGAGAUUCCUGAGAACGAGUACUUUCUGCCGAGUUCCUCAAGUCACUAG